AUGCAGUCGACACACGCCUGGUCUCAUCCUGCUGGAGACCCUGACCAGAAUUCCCGUCUUUCCCUCGCUAGUAGCAUCGACUCCUCCAUUUCCUCCAUGGCCUCAGCGUCAGGCCGCAGUUCGUCGGCCUCUGGUCGCUCGCAGUCGACCAAAACUGUGCCCGAUAAACAGAUUUCCCAAAUCGAAAAAAGCGUCACACACCUCCUCGUGGCAACAAAACAACUACUUGAAACCCUCACCCAGUGGUCCCGCAAAACGGCCUCCGAGACUGAUGUGUCCGAUGUUUAUGUCCGCUUGGGGUACGAAUUCAACCUGGCAUGUCGCGCGUUCAAUGCGAUCGGUGUUGAGACCUCUGACCUGGGUCCGGUGCCGGACGUGCUCCGCACAAUCCUCGAGGACACGCUCAGCCAGGAUGCAUCCCCGCAAAGCCUAGACCGAUACCUCCCGCAGAUUCGCGAUAUUAUCAUCAACUUACUCCAUGGUCUGAAGAAGAAGCAGGCGCGCUUACGGUCACGGCAGCAGAAGGAAGAUGGUCGAAAUGGGAUGCCCGGGCGGCAGGCGAGCGCAGGAAGUCUGUCACCCGAAAAGAGCAACAUCGGACAGCUGUACGACGAAGCGGCGGCUUCGACAAUGCCACAGUCGUCCAUGCAAUCCCCCAAACGGUCGGCGCGUCGGUAUGGAAGCAAUGGUUCAUUGGAGGAUACUCCUCAACAGCGCACGUCUCCGGGGCCUUCGGGUUCAAGCUACUCCGAGCGGGACGCAUCGCGAAGGGAAACCCAGCAGCAGCUUUCUCAGACAGGAUCCGACAACGAUUCGACACCCCGAGCAGCCCCAAUGACUCCUUCGGCACCCCCUCCAGAUUUCCCUGCCCCACCUCCGCCGCCGAAGCAGGAUGACGCGCUGGGCGCUUUGCAAAGAAGCGGCGAGCUAGAGCGACGUGCAUCAAGGCGUUUCUCCGCUUAUCAGAUCCAGAAGCACCUGGGCUCACAGGAUGUCUCCAAAAGCAGUCAGGCCCAGGCUGCUGCGAAUAUACCUCAGGCUGUGCAAGAGGAACAGCCGAAAUCAACCCGCGAAGCUAGAAAACCGUCAUCAGAAGUGUCGGAGAAGCCUGUGCCUCUCGAAAAGGAUCUCCCCGCCGACCCUGUCACUGAUAUCUCCUCGCCCUACUUCCCGCAACCACCCAAGGGACCUCCUACCCUCGAGGAUGCCUUUGAUCCCGAGAAAAAAGAUUCCUCUGUUGCAGAAACAGCCCCACAAACACCGAAGAAAGACCGGGUCGAGCCGGCUGAAGUUGCUACACCUCCGCCAGUACCUCAAUUUGCCACCGAGCAGCCGUCUCCAGGGAAGGAGUUGACACUCUUUCUGCAAUAUAAGAGUAAGAUCAAGAAGUAUGUACUUGCGGAAGGCAUUGCAGAGCUUACUCUUGGGCGUCUUCAGCUGGCUUUCAUCGAGAAGUUUGCCUGGAACGUUCACAACAAUGGGAUGGAUUUGCCUGAAAUCUACAUCCAGGAUCCCAUCUCAGGUAUUCGACAUGAACUGGAGGAUCUUAACGAUGUCAAGGAUCGAUCGGUUUUGGUGUUGAAUGUGGACAGCCUGGAUGAGAUGAAGAAACACUUUGACGACAGCUUUAGCAGCGUGCGCACCUUGGUGGAGGGCGUGAAGGAAGCUCUGAGCGGUCAAGGGACAGUCAUCCAGCGUGUUUCAGAUCGUCAACUGGAAGCUGCAAAGGAGAUGGCCCGUCUGGCGGCUGCUCCUCCGGCCGCCGCUCCGAGCAAUGCCGGGCUCAAAGCGCCAAUCGCUGGAACUGGCAGCCAGGUCGCCGAACUGCAAAGCCUUCGCCGUGACUUGGCCGUCCUUCGCCAAACCUAUACCAACUUCCAAUCCGAUGUCACCAGCUCAAUGGCCGCCGUCCGCGCCAAGGCUAGCAAUGUCAAGACUGCGGCCGAGGAUGUUGCAGUCACGAGUUACGAAGGCGAUGCCGGCCGAGCUCGUGUUGGCACUGGCAAGAAGCAACUGGCUGAUGAAUCCGAGCGCCUUGUUGCCCGGGUUGACGAUCUUCAGGAUCUGGUCGAAGAUCUGCGCAAGGACGUGGUGACUCGUGGUGUCCGCCCUCUGCCACGACAGCUGGAGGGCGUCAGUCGUGAUAUCAGCAACGUCAUGAAGGAGAUCAAGAAGAUGCAGGACUUCCUGGGUCGGGAGAAGCCGAUCUGGACUAAGAUCUGGGAGAAGGAGUUGCAACUGGUCUGUGAAGAGCGAGACCAACUUACGAUGCAGGAAGACCUUGCGGCCGACCUGCAAGACGAUCUUGAGAAGGCUGCUCAGACAUUUGCGCUGGUGGAACAAGCUACGAAGGAGCAAGCCAUGGAGAAGGCCGAAGGUGGUGUCACUCUGCGCGCGACCUCGCGUACUUUGGGAAUUGACCCCACUGUCGACCCUAUGAAGGCCAAGGACUCUGUACUCGGCGAGGUGCGCGCACUUCAGCCGAACCAUGAAAGCCGAGUAGAGGCCAUCGAACGGGCCGAGAAGGCUCGCAAGAAGGAGCUCGAGAACCGUCGCAUCAAUCUUUUCCAGAAAGAACUGGGCGCUUUCGUUCAGGAGGAUAAGCUCAAGAAGAGUGGCGGCGUGGAAGAGACCGAGCGUCUCCGCAACGCAAAGGACGACCGCAUUCGCAAGGAAGUCUGGGACCGACAGCAGGCUCGUAACGCGGAGAUGGAGAAGCUCGAAGCCGAGCAAGCGGCGGCUCAAGCAGCGGCAGCCGAGAAAAAGGCCGAGGGCGAGACAGAUGAGUCGGGCGAAGCAGCACCGACAGAAGAGGGCGGAGAAUCGCCCAAGGAUGAAACACUGACAGAGGAUGAGAAGAAGGAUAGCAACCCUGAUGAAUCCGAGCCGGCGGAGAAAACCGACUCUUAA